AUGGCAAAGGCAAUUCCAAACAACUGGCGACGUCGAAUGAUUUAUUUCACCGCUGAUGAAACGACGACCGAAGACGAAGGUUUGGCCUUGGCUUUUGUUGAUCGUCAUGGCAAAGGAAAUUCGAAACAACUGGCGACGUCGAAUGAUUCCACCGCUGAUGAAACGACGACCGAAGACGAACGUUUGGCCUUGGCUUUUGUUGAUCGUCAUGGCAAAGGCAAUUCGAAACUGGCGACGUCGAAUGAUUUCACCGCUGAUGAAACGACGACCGAAGACGAAGGUUUGGCCUUGGCUUUUGUUGAUCGUCAUGGCAUAGGCAAGUCGAAACUGACGACGUCGAAUGAUUUCACGGCUGAUGAAACGACGACAGAAGACGAUGGUUUGGCCUUGGCUUUUGUUGAUCGUCAUGGCAAAGGCAAUUCCAAACAACUGGCGACGUCGAAUGAUUUCACCGCUGAUGAAACGACGACCGAAGACGAAGGUUUGGCCUUGGCUUUUGUUGAUCGUCAUGGCAAAGGCAAUUCGAAACAACUGGCGACGUCGAAUGAUUCCACCGCCGAUGAAACGACGACCGAAGACGAACGUUUGGCCUUGGCUUUUGUUGAUCGUCAUGGCAAAGGCAAUUCGAAACUGGCGACGUCGAAUGAUUUCACCGCUGAUGAAACGACGACCGAAGACGAAGGUUUGGCCUUGGCUUUUGUUGAUCGUCAUGGCAUAGGCAAGUCGAAACUGACGACGUCGAAUGAUUUCACGGCUGAUGAAACGACGACAGAAGACGAUGGUUUGGCCUUGGCUUUUGUUGAUCGUCAUGGCAAAGGCAAUUCCAAACAACUGGCGACGUCGAAUGAUUUCACCGCUGAUGAAACGACGACCGAAGACGAAGGUUUGGCCUUGGCUUUUGUUGAUCGUCAUGGCAAAGGCAAUUCCAAACAACUGGCGACGUCGAAUGAUUCCACCGCUGAUGAAACGACGACCGAAGACGAACGUUUGGCCUUGGCUUUUGUUGAUCGUCAUGGCAAAGGCAAUUCGAAACUGGCGACGUCGAAUGAUUUCACCGCUGAUGAAACGACGACCGAAGACGAAGGUUUGGCCUUGGCUUUUGUUGAUCGUCAUGGCAAAGGCAAUUCGAAACAACUGGCGACGUCGAAUGAUUUCGCCGCUGAUGAAACGACGACCGACGACGAAGGUUUGACCUUGGCUUUUGUUGACCGUCAUGGCAAAGGGAAUUCCAAACAACUGGCGACGUCGAAUGAUUUCGCCGCUGAUGAAACGACGACCGACGACGAAGGUUUGGCCUUGGCUUUUGUUGAUCGUCAUGGCAAAGGCAAUUCGAAACAACUGGCGACGUCGAAUGAUUCCACCGCUGAUGAAACGACGACCGAAGACGAAGGUUUGGCCUUGGCUUUUGUUGAUCGUCAUGGCAAAGGCAAUUCGAAACUGGCGACGUCGAAUGAUUUCAUCGCUGAUGAAACGACGACCGAAGACGAAGGUUUGGCCUUGGCUUUUGUUGAUCGUCAUAGCAAAGGCAAUUCGAAACAACUAGCGACAUCGAAUGAUUUCACCGCUGAUGAAACGACGACUGAAGACGAAGGUUUGGCCCUGGCUUUUGUUGAUCGUCUUGGCAAAGGCAAUUCGAAACUGGUGAUGUCGAAUGAUUUCACCGCUGAUGAAACGAUGACCGACGACGAAGGUUUGGCCUUGGCUUUUGUUGAUCGUCAUGGCAAAGGCAAUUCGAAACAACUGGCGACGUCGAAUGAUUCCACCGCUGAUGAAACGACGACCGAAGACGAAGGUUUGGCCUUGGCUUUUGUUGAUCGUCAUGGCAAAGGCAAUUCGAAACUGGCGACGUCGAAUGAUUUCACCGCUGAUGAAACGACGACCGAAGACGAAGGUUUGGCCUUGGCUUUUGUUGAUCGUCAUAGCAAAGGCAAUUUGAAACAACUAGCGACGUCGAAUGAUUUCACCGCUGAUGAAACGACGACUGAAGACGAAGGUUUGGCCCUGGCUUUUGUUGAUCGUCUUGGCAAAGGCAAUUCGAAACUGGUGAUGUCGAAUGGUUUCACCGCUGAUGAAACGAUGACCGAAGAAGCAGCUUUGACACUGGCUAUUGUUGAUCGCCAUCGCAAAAGCAAUUCCAAACAACUGGCGACGUCGAAUGAUUUCACCGCUGAUGAAACGACGACCGAAGACGAAGGUUUGGCCUUGGCUUUUGUUGAUCGUCAUGGCAAAGGCAAUUCCAAACAACUGGCGACGUCGAAUGAUUUCACCGCUGAUGAAACGACGACCGAAGACGAAGGUUUGGCCUUGGCUUUUGUUGAUCGUCAUGGCAAAGGCAAUUCGAAACAACUGGCGACGUCGAAUGAUUCCACCGCUAAUGAAACGACGACCGAAGACGAAGGUUUGGCCUUGGCUUUUGUUGAUCGUCAUGGCAAAGGCAAUUCGAAACAACUGGCGACGUCGAAUGAUUCCACCGCUAAUGAAACGACGACCGAAGACGAAGGUUUGGCCUUGGCUUUUGUUGAUCGUCAUGGCAAAGGCAAUUCGAAACAACUGGCGACGUCGAAUGAUUCCACCGCUGAUGAAACGACGACCGAAGACGAAGGUUUGGCCUUGGCUUUUGUUGAUCGUCAUGGCAAAGGCAAUUCGAAACAACUGGCGACGUCGAAUGAUUUCGCCGCUGAUGAAACGACGACCGACGACGAAGGUUUGGCCUUGGCUUUUGUUGACCGUCAUGGCAAAGGCAAUUCCAAACAACUGGCGACGUCGAAUGAUUUCACCGCUGAUGAAACGACGACCGAAGACGAAGGUUUGGCCUUGGCUUUUGUUGAUCGUCAUAGCAAAGGCAAUUCGAAACAACUAGCGACGUCGAAUGAUUUCACCGCUGAUGAAACGACGACUGAAGACGAGGGUUUGGCCCUGGCUUUUGUUGAUCGUCAUGGCAAAGGCAAUUCGAAACUGGUGAUGUCGAAUGAUUUCACCGCUGAAGAAACGACGACCGUAGACGAAGCUUUAACCCUAGCUUUUUUUGAUAGUCAUCGCAAAGGCAAUUUGAUACUGGCGACGUCGAAUUAUUUCACCGCUGAUGAAACGGCGAUUGAAGAGGAAGCUUUCACCCUGGCUUUUGUCGAUCGUCUACCAGUGGCGUAUCUAGAGCUACCUGCGCCCAUGGCAACAUGGUUAACAUGA